AUGAGCGUGGUGUAUCAGAGAAAGGCACUAAAGCAGGGCAUGUUGUUGUUUUAUUCCGGCAGAGAUGGGAUCCCACCGUACAGACUCCGCAAGCAGCAUCGCAGAGAGAUGCAAGAAAGUGCCAAAGCAAAUGGACGUGUGCCACUACCUCACAUUCCUCGUACAUACCGAAUGCCAAAGGACAUCCACGUUGAACCAGAGAAGUUUGCUGCAGAACUGAUCAAUCGUUUGGAGGAGGUACAGAAGGAACGUGAAGCAGAGGAGAAAUUGGAGGAGCGCCUGAAACGCGUCCGAGCGGAAGAAGAAGGUGAGGAUGCAGAUAUCUCUUCUGGUCCCUCAGUCCUUAGCCACAAGAUGCCUUCCGCCCAAGCCUUUCAUCACUUUGCUCCUCGUUACUCUGAGAUGGGCUGCGCUGGGAUGCAGAUGAGAGAUGCCCAUGAAGAAAACCCAGAAAGCAUCCUUGAUGAACAUGUACAGCGCGUGAUGAAGACACCAGGCUGCCAGUCUCCAGGACCUGGCCGUCACUCUCCUAAGCCACGGUCCCCAGAAAGCGGCCACUUAGGAAAGCUGUCAGGGACACUAGGAACAAUUCCUCCAGGGCAUGGCAAGCACGCAACAAAAUCAGGAAUGAAACUGGAUGCAGCUAACUUAUACCACCAUAAACACAUCUACCACCACAUCCAUCACCACAGCGUAAUGAAACCAAAAGAGCAGAUCGAGGCCGAGGCCACGCAGCGAGUGCAGAACAGCUUUGCUUGGAAUGUAGAUUCACAUAACUAUGCAACAAAGUCACGAAACUACACUGAAAACUUGGGCAUGGCCCCUGUCCCCAUGGACUCUUUAGGCUACAGUGGGAAAGCAAGUCUGCUCUCAAAAAGAAAUGUUAAGAAGACCGAUUCAGGGAAAAGUGAUGGUGCCAACUAUGAGAUGCCAGGAUCUCCUGAAGACGUGGAGAGAAAUCAGAAGAUCCUUCAGUGGAUCAUAGAAGGAGAGAAGGAGAUCAGCAGGCAUAAGAAAACAAACCACGGCUCUUCAGGUGCUAAGAAGCAGCUGUCCCAUGAUAUGGUCCGACCCCUGUCCAUCGAGCGACCUGUGGCAGUGCAUCCGUGGGUCAGUGCCCAGCUCCGGAACGUUGUCCAGCCUUCUCACCCCUUUAUCCAAGAUCCUACCAUGCCACCGAAUCCAGCCCCCAACCCUCUCACCCAGCUGGAAGAAGCUCGCAGGAGGUUGGAGGAGGAGGAAAAAAGGGCUGGAAAACUCCCCCUUAAACAAAGGUUGAAGCCCCAGAAGAGACCAGGCAGCAGCGCACCCCAGCUGUGUGAGAACAUCGUGGUCGCUUACUACUUCUGCGGAGAGCCGAUCCCUUACCGCACCCUCGUCAAAGGGCGCGUGGUGACGCUGGGACAGUUCAAGGAGCUGCUGACCAAGAAAGGGAAUUACAGGUAUUACUUUAAGAAAGUGAGUGAUGAGUUUGACUGUGGUGUGGUCUUCGAGGAGGUGCGGGAGGAUGACACCAUCCUGCCCAUCUUCGAAGAGAAGAUCGUCGGGAAGGUGGAAAAGAUCGACUAAGCUCCAGGGCUGCCGAGGCAUGAGGACAGGACUGUGAAAGGCUCUGGGACCGGAGGAGAGGGCCUGGGGCGGCUGCUGGUGGUGCUGCUGCCACGGGCGCCGGGCGAGCCCAGGGCGGAGGGCGACAGCCUGCCCCGGCACGGACCUGGGCAAGCUCCGGGUUGCUGGUGGACGUCGUUUCACCUCACAGACCUGCCAGUGGGAGCCUGGGCUCCCUCUCCAUACCGAAUAUAAGUGUAAUGUAGCAUUGUACAGUGCAUUAGAAAGUGUAAUAUGACCUUGUUUACUAAAGCUGCAUAUUUUUGAUAUAUUGUAAUAAAAGGAAAAUAUUUCCAAUGUCACAGUGCUCUUAUGUAAAUGUAAAACAUACAGGUACUGCAGAGCUCGCCCAAAGUGUACAGCCACCCGUCAGACUCCGUCUGCUCCUCGCUUUCCCAGCGCCCUGCCCCAGCCCCCGGCGUGGAUGGCCCCGGAGCGCUGCGGGGCAGAGCCGCUCCCCCGCUCCGGAGGGACGUGCCCCCAGCUCACCACGGAAGAUUACUGAGCCAUUUGCAGCGAGUCGGUCUCUGGCCUCCCUGGCAGUCUCAGCUGCUGGACAUGGUAGGAUGGUUUUUAUUCCUCCUGAGCUUUCUUGCAACCGAGUAAAUCCCUGAGGGAUAGAAGGGCCGGGGCCAACUCUCGGGGCUGGGGACCCGGGGCGGCAGGCUGGGUGCUGGCACCCCACGGCCCGCGCGCUCGCGUCCCCCGCGGGUGCCCCUGGACGAGGGUUCACUUCCCAGGAGGGGGCUGCAGUUCUGCGGAGGGCUGGCACCCCUGUGCCCAGCACAGUCCUGCCCAGUCCCCUGGUGCUGAGCUCCAGCUUUGGUCAGGGGACUGGUUUUUUAGGAGAGACGUAGAGGGGACAGAAUUGAUUAGAUGCUAAAGCUGAAGACAGAAAAUGUCUUUGUAUGAGUCCUGCGUCUUUUGUCGGCUUCUA